AUUUCAAGCGAUAUAAACAAUCAUUUUUAACAAAAUAUUUUUCAAAUAAUUCAUUAUCUAUACUUUCUCGACUAAAGUUAGAUGAACAUUUGGUAUUUGGGGUAUUUGGGGCCAGAGUAGAUGUGCAGCACAGGUCUAACGCCCAUCUCUUUGAUGGGUCUCAAGGCAUCUUCUUUACAGAGCCCUCCAAGUAAAAGAAGAUUCUCGAAACUACCAGGAGCCGACCCCUGGCUUUUCUCUCCAUAGGAUUGGCACUCUCGGGUUGGCUUAGUAAGCACAGCAAAUGCUGCAGCUGCAGAUCUCAAUCCGCUGCAAGUAAUAUAUACCUAAAUCAAUUCUCCAGUAUUAAUAAUGGGAUGGGGGUCAGGGUUGUGUGUCGCUCGGCCAUUUCAUGGCUCUAAAGAACUGCCAAAAGCCAUCUCUCUCUCUCUCUCUCUCAAACUCUCAAGAACUCUUCAGGUUUCUAGAGAGCUCUCUCCUUCUGCUUCUAAACACAAGGUCACUUUCAAGAUCCAACCUAAAUGCUUUCUCCAAGUGCCAGAGUCAUUCACUCUCUCUCCAAACUUUGCUGAGGAAAAAGCCUCCACAAAUCUCUCUCUCUCUCUCUCUCUCUCUCUCUCUCUCUCUCUCUCUCUCUCUCUCUCUCUCUCUCGUCUUUCUGGGUCCUUUGUUCACUGUGUUGCAUUGGGACAAACAUGUCAGCCAUUGGAGGACUACCCGCCACUUGCGCUUUCAUGAGCCAACCCAAGAGGCAAUUCCAAUCCACCACCACUUCCCUCGUCAAGGCCCCAUCAUCUUCUCUUGGGUCAGUGAAGCCCAUCUCCAGGUCCUUCGGCCUGAGAUCUCCCUGCAGCUUCAGGGCGUCCAUGGCGGUGGUGUACAAGGUGAAGCUGAUCGGCCCCGACGGCGACGAGCACGAGAUUGAGGCCCCUGACGACUCCUACAUCCUGGACUCGGCCGAGAACGCGGGGCUCGAGCUGCCGUACUCGUGCAGGGCGGGCUCUUGCUCGACCUGUGCGGGGAAACUGGAGUCGGGCGCGGUGGACCAGUCCGACGGCUCGUUCCUCGACGAGAACCAAAUGGAGCAAGGCUACGUGCUCACUUGCAUUUCCUAUCCAAAGUCCGAUUGUGUGAUUUACACACACAAAGAGGAAGAGCUUCACUAGACUAUUGAGUGCAUUACCUAUUUGGACUAUUUGUUUUUCAUGGCUCGUUCUUGAUUUAGUUUAGUAUAUCACGUGAUCAAUUCACAUAACAAAGUAUCACUUGAUCAUUGUAGUCUCACUAUAGUGAUGAUAGUUGAACAGAAAGCACUCUUUGUACGUUCUUGAAAUGCUUCCGAAUACGGAGUAUAUUCAUAUUUCCCUAUACAA